AUGGCUCCGGAGUUAAUAGGCGGUGGGCUUGUGGAUUUUGCUGUUGACAUUUGGGCGUUUGGAUGUUCUGUUUUGGAGAUGCUAACAGGGAAAACGGUUUGGGGAGAGCAUGGUGAUUUGGUUCAUGAUGAUUGGGUUGAUUUAAUUGGUCAUAGUGAUCUCACUCCUCAAAUCUCGACUCGGUUAUCUGCAGAAGCUCAAGACUUUCUAAUGAGGUGUUUGGUUAAGGAGCCUGGUUCGAGGUGGAGCAUCGGUGAACUCGUGGACCAUCUGUUUCUUUGUUCGGAUGUAGAGUUUUCUCACAAUGGUUUUGUUUAUGAUUGAGUUUGUUUAUGAUUGAGUUCUGUUUUGUAGUGUUGGUAACUGCAAGUAUUUUGUAGUAUUUGGUAAAGUAUUAUAAUUGUUGUUAGUGGAUUCAUGUUGAGUUCUCUGUUUUAUUAUUAGUUUGUAGUUGCAGAAUCAAG